AUGUUCCACAAAUGGUAUGCAAAUCUGAGUAAUCGUACAAUCGCGAUUACCAUUGUCGUGUGCAUCUGCAUGCUGUACGUUUCCUACACAUUCAACACGUGUCUGAUAGCCAGCAUCAACCGGACAUGGAAGAAGGCACACACAAGUCUCACAACGGUGACGACCCCCACGGAGGAGACGGAAGCACCGCAGAUCAAAAUUCUCGGCUCGAUAGUCCGGAUCGUUCCGCUGACCGGUGAUGGUAUCGGGUUCGAAUCGAAGGGAUUCGUUAACGCUACCGAUGGUUCGCCAAAGUAUCGGUUUCUGCGACAGCAGGGGCUGCGCCCAUCGCGCCAUCUCCCGGAUGCGUUGAUUAUCGGUGUUAAAAAGAGCGGAACUCGAGCGCUGCUCGAGUUCAUCCGACUCCAUCCGGACGUGCGGGCGGCCGGCUGUGAGGUGCACUUCUUCGAUCGGCACUAUGCGAAAGGUCUGCACUGGUACCGGCAUCACAUGCCACCGACGAUCGAGGGCCAAAUCACGAUGGAGAAAACUCCGAGCUAUUUCAUCACCAAGGAAGCACCGAAGCGGGUGUACCAUAUGAAUCCCGGAACCAAGCUGCUGGUGGUCGUUCGCGAUCCGGUGACGCGAGCGAUUUCCGACUACACGCAAGCGCGCAGCAAAAAGAAGGAUAUGAAGCGGUUUGAAGAGUUGGCCUUUCUGAAUGGCACCUCCGGUGGCAUUGUGGACACUGCUUGGGGGCCGGUUAAGAUCGGUGUUUACGCCAAACAUUUGGAGCGUUGGCUGGAGUACUUUCCCCUGUCGCAGUUGCUUUUCGUCAGCGGUGAACGACUGAUAGCCGAUCCGGCUGUGGAAAUCGGUCGCGUGCAGGAUUUCCUCGGCCUGAAGCGGGUCGUUAACGAGAAGCACUUUUACUUUAACUCAACGAAAGGUUUCCCGUGUUUGCUGAAAUCGGAGGAGCGCUCGUCGCCGCACUGUCUGGGCAAGACGAAGGGUCGCAAUCAUCCCCGCAUCGAGCCGCAGGCCGUCGAGCGGCUGCGCGAGUUUUACCGACCGUUCAAUCUUAAGUUUUACCAACUGACCGGGAUCAAUUUUGGGUGGCCCUGA